UCACUUAAGAAACUACAACAUGUGAGCAACAGCAGCAUACGCUGUGAAAACAUGGCGCUACCCACAAAUGCAGUCCGUCUCUGUCGCCUGGCAGGACGGGCUGUCACCUCCCUGACAGUUAAACCAAAGUGGGCUGUCUGCCUGACGGCAAGAAGAUGCUUCGUAUCAACUUCGACGGGAAACAAUGUGAAGUUCAAGCUUGAUGAGCGAACAGCCCACAGCAGUUUGGACCUCUUCAAGAAAGAUACUGGUGUGAUCUACCGGAUGCUAGGUCUGGAUCCCAGCCAUGUGCAAGACAAUCCAGAGCGUUUCCGAGACUGGGCUGUGGUGUUUGGUGAUGAGAAGAUCAGCAGGGGACGACACUACUGGGAGGUGACUGUAAAAAAGUCCCAAGAGUUUCGUCUAGGUGUGGCAGAGGCGCUAAUGUCCCGAGAUGACUGCGUGGGUACCAACAACUCCUCUUGGGUAUUCGGCUAUGCUCAACGCAAGUGGUUCGCUAUGACCAACAAUAAGAUUGUUCCUGUAACGCUGGUGGGCAAACCAGAUCGUGUUGGCAUCCUGUUGGACUACGAAGAGGGCCUUCUGGGGCUUGUGGACAUCGAAAAACCCAGGAUUAUUCACACAAUCAGGGUCCAGUUCAAGGCUCCUAUCUGCCCUGCGUUUGGACUUUGGGAUGGGGAGCUGCUCACACACUCUGGGCUGGAGGAGCCAGAAGGGCUCAAAUGAAGCUGGA